AUAAGCUCUAGUCGUUUCAUGAAUCAUGAACUGCAAAUAUGUAGAAAGUGAUGACUUCUUAGUUUGGAAAAUUUCCCCAUGGACAGAAUCAAAGUCCUUGGUAGGGUACUAUAUUAAGAAGGAAUAUGCAUCCGCCAUAUUGGCUCCUAGUCAGUGCCGGGAAUUCAAGCAAAGUAAAGGCAUCUAAUUUUGUUUUACAUAAAAUUUUGUGUUUUACGUAGACUUAAGUAAAUAAAAUGGGCGGUUGCAGUGCAAUAAAUUGUAAAAAUAGGAAUGAAGCCGGGUAUCAAACGUUUCGCUUUCCAAAAGAAGGCGAAAGAAGAAAGAAAUGGCUUAUAAACUGUCGGCGUAACAAAUGGAUACCUUCCUCAAAUUCAAGAUUAUGCGAGAUUCACUUUGAAAGCUUUCAAUUUGAACAGAAUAGGCAAGAUGGGAUAAAAAAAUUAAAACCGAAUGCUAUACCAAUAUUAUUUAAUGUACCAAAUCCGCCAAAAAUGUUUAACAAUAUAAAACAAAAAAGGAGUGCCGAUCCUAUUUGCAUGAAAUUUCCUUUGAUACUACAAUACAAUUCAAGUAUUUCUUGCUCUGACGAAAAUGGUGCUCACUCCAAUUCUAUUUCUACAAAUAAUUCAAAUGGUCCUAAUAUCUCAAAAAAUUACGGAAUAAAGUAUAAAUCAAGAUCCACUCUUCUUGAACAAGAGAACUUUCUGCAAACUUGGAAACAAGCUGUAGCUGCUGAAAUAACAGGGUCAAGAACGGAAGGCUCUGAUAUGCGUGAAUUCGUUCUAAACGUCAUAGAAUGUCUCAGUAAUGCAGGUCUUAACGUUAAAGGCAUCGUUUCUGAUAUGGGCUCUAAUAAUCGCGCGAUGUGGACGUGUUUAGGAAUAGAGGCUUCAAGAAAUAAUCGUGUGACAUCAUUUUCUUUUCAUGAUCAAGUUAUUCACGUUCUUGCAGACGCGUGUCAUUUAGUGAAAAAUUUGAAACAAGCAACACAAACACAUUGUAUUUUUUUAUCAAAAAAUAUUCAAAAAGCUCAGCAAUUACCAACUAAUGUUGUUAACGGAAAUUAUAUUACUUUUUUAUGGAAAAAAGAAGUAGAAUCUGCAGUAAGUCUGAGAUUGUUACAACAUCUAAAUUAUAUAGACAUCUUUCCAACUAAUUUUUCCAAAAUGCAUGUAGGGUCUGCUAUUAGAUAUUUUGAUAUUAGAACAGUUGCAAGCUUAGAAACAGCAGUACAGUUAAAAUUAUUACCAUCUGAAGCAUUAACUACUGCUUGGUUUGUACGACUAAUUUGUAACUGGAUUAAAAUGUGCACAUCACGCGUUAGGAAAACAUCUAUAACAAAAAGAAACAAAAUAAAAAAAUACAGUUUUUAAAUGAUUUUAUUGAUAUAGUUCAGGACAUGCAAAUUGGAAAAAGUGGCUGGAAACCUCUCAAUACAGGUUUAAUAUUAACUUCAAUUUCAAUAAUAAAUUUAACGAAAUAUGUUUUUCAGCAAAAAUAUGACUUUUUUUUAACAAGUCGUACCACACAAGAUGCCUUAGAAAAUUUAUUUUCUCAGAUUCGAAGAAGGGCUAGUGCUAUGCCAAACGCACUUGGAGUACGCAGAGCUCUACAAAAUAUUAUAGUUUCGCAAUAUAUUGGCAGUGUGAAUAACUCGAAUUAUACGGAAGAUUCAGAUUAUAUUUUACUCGAUAAUCUUAUAGAUAGUUACACUGAAAGUAUCAACAAUGUUUCGCAAAUUAGUAACACUUCAGUAGAAUCUGUAGAUUUGGUCAAUUUUAAUCAAUAUACCAAUCUCGAUGCAGCCAUAUUAUACUACAUUGCCGGAAGUACCAUAAAUGCAAUCUUGAAACUUAAGAUUUGUGAUAUCUGCAAACAAUUUUUAACAUGUCAAGAUACAACUGGAAUUCCUGAUGAACUUCGUUGCUUUUCAGACUAUUCGAAUAUGGGAGGCUUAAAAUUUGUCGGUAUUACAAUAUUUAAUUUUAUAAUGUAUUGCGAAAAAAACAUUUUUAUAUACGUAUUAUAUAUAUUUUUUUUUAAGUUGUUUUAUUCACUUGCAAAUAAAACUUUGAUACAUUUAAAUUGUUAUGUCAUAUAAUAUAUUUUUGAAUUGGCAGCAUUACGUAUUCAACAUCAUUGGCUUUGAAAGGCGCGCCAGCUGCUAGGAACCAAAAUGGCGAAUGCACAUUCCCUCUUAAUAUAGUACCUUAUCCUUGGGUGUACAAUUCUCGAUUAGCCGACAAUUUCCCGAAAAAUGGCCGCGAUAAUGUUGGUACCAACAAAAAUCCCUAAAAAACGUGUUUUUAUUUUUUAUAGAUUUGUAGCAUUGUUCAAGUAGUAAGUCCAUCGACAUACAGAAUGGACUGCCGAUGACCGUGGUGGGGAUAGAAAGACACAUAGAGUGAGA